AUUGGGUUUUCACUUUUUGUGGAUGAUUAACAUGUUUCUGUUGUUGCUUUCAUUCAGAAUCAAACAUUGUUUAGAAAUUUAGUUGAUGCUUUAGUUUAGUAAUGAGAUUAGUUUAGGAUGUAAUAAACCCUAAAAUGAUGGUAAUUUAUUGGAGGCAGCUUUUUAUAUGAUUAGGUUAGGGUUUUUGAUGAUGAGGUAAUGCUUGCAUUUAGAUUUUAGAAUAAUGGUUAGAAUUUGUAGACUUGUAAAUGAUGCUUAAUUUGAUAGUAAUGAGAUUUUAGUGUAAGAUGUAUAAGAAGUGCAAAUGAUCUUUGGAAUCUUAUAAAUGAUGGUAGUUGAUUGGGAGUCAUAAAGUUUGAUUAUUAGCUUAAGAGUUAGUCUUGCGUGGACGUGUCACACGAAGAACGAGGGUAAAUAGAGGUGUCAUACAAAGCACAUGUGGAAUUAGGGUAUAGGGAGAAGAUCAUGUCAAAGCUUUCACACACUUCCUGAAUUUCAGAUUCAUGGAGUUUACAGAACGGUACUUGCGUUCAUAUUGGAUGACAAAGGUUGCUAAUUUUGCUGCUAUAAUAUUGUGGAACAUUCUACAUAUUCUGGUGACAAUAUAUUGUUGGGUAGAUAGUAUGGUUCACAUCCUUGAGAGCUACCUCAUCACUUAUGGAGUAUUAAAGAAAUACAAAUCGCUCGACGCAAGUAAACUGAGAUACCUGGCUAUUGUAGUUGAUAGUGAAGAGGCUUACCAAACUUCAGAAGUUAUUGAGCUGUUACAUUGGUUGACUGCUAUUGGUGUGAAGCAUGUUUGUCUCUAUGACAUGGAAGGGGUGCUGAAGGAUUCACAGCAGACCAUCAUAUCUAAGUGCAAUGCAAGACCAUGGAAGGGAGUUGAAACAACUGAAUCAUUCCUGAAACCUAGUCAGCUGAGUUUAGAAUUUGUUUCAUUAUCUGAUGGAAAAGAAGGUGUAGUUAAAGCCGCUAAUUUGCUUUUUUUGAAGUAUAAGGACUACAAGGAAGACAAGCCAAAAUUUACAGAACCACUUCUUGAUGAGGCUUUAAGAAUAGUUGGUUGUUCUGGUCCUGAACCUGAUCUUCUCUUAAUUUAUGGAACCGCGAGAUGUCAUCUCGGCUUUCCUGCAUGGAGGAUGCGCUACACUGAGAUCGUACAUAUGGGACGUUUGAAGUGUAAGAAAUAUGGUUCCUUAAUCAAGGCCAUUUACAGAUUCACUACAAUUCGCCAAAACUACGGUAAAUAGAAAAUACAUCCGAAGAGUUAGUGAAUUCAUUAUCAAAGACGAAGCACUUUGGAAAAUGGCGGAACACUAACGAUUUAUGAACUAUAGUUGGUUUAACAUUGUAUCACAACUUAUUUGUGGGGAGGGGGAUUAAUAUCCUUACCUUUUUUAUCUUUCUCGCCGCCUCCCCAAAUGAAAGGUUGUUCCUCUUGGUAGGAAUGAACCCAUACUACAUUCUGUUGUCUGUAAUUUCCUAGAGCUUUCCGAGUUACCUUGUGUUUGAUCCAAGGUUGUUAAUUGAGUGGAUUUGAUGGAAUUGUCUGUAAUUCUACUUGAAAUGCUCCAUGUUGUUCACGAGAAUGCAUAUAGUGAAUUAAGUUUAUA